AUGGUUUUAAUCCACGGGGAACCCCGUACGUUCACGAACUACUCGAUGUCUUUUCUCAACUGGAAUAGUUGCAUGAGUUAUUGUUAUCAAAUGCUUACAUGCAUUGCAGUUCACUAUUAUGAUCAAAAUCCAGAAUGUCAGAUCUUCGAAAUUGGAAAGAUUAAUGAUUUAAAACAAUUAGAUGCAUACUCUGGAAAGAUAAUGGCAGUGAAGAUGCUCUCUGACCCCACCCAAUGUUCUUCUACUUCUGAUGGGAACUCAAUGCGUGGCGAGAUCUCUACAGAAUCCUCAUAUCAAAACUACAAUAUCACAGUUGACCAAGACAUUUGGACUAUCUCAGCAAGCCCUCUGUAUACAUGUCCUGAUUCUUUUAAAUUGUUCCAUCGAGUGUUGGGAAUGUGGUGUAUGGGAGUUAUUCUAAAACAGAAUCCUAAUGGAAUCAAUCAGAUCGAUAGUACACAACUAUGCGCUGAUAAAUAUAAUGCGAUUCUGAGCGGAUUUGAUUCGACACCAGAGAAACGAUGGGUAGUUGAUCUGGCCAAUACUGUCAUUUACCCAAAUCCGCCUUACAAAUUUAAUGCAUAUUGGGUGAAUGGUAUUCGAAAAGACAUUUGCAGAUAUUCCAAUCAGACUCAAAACCCUGAAUGCCAGGACAAGAAUGCGUUUGACAUCACUGAUCCCACCAUGUCGACACUAAAUGCUUACGUAUGGGCACCAUAUCAACCAGAUGGAAUGCAGAAUAAUUUGGGAACAAGUAAUUGUCUGUUGUUCCGAGUUGGUCCUCAAGAUGGAGCGGGAGUGGACGAUAGACCGUGCGACUCACUUAAACAGCCCAACGAGGUUUUCAAUAAUGGGUUUAUUUGUGGUUUGAGACCAGCGGAGACAUAA